AUGAAGGAAGCAAAGUUGCAAGCAAAAGCAGACGCAAGAGCAGCAAGGGAAUCGGACCAAGUAGUAAAGCAGCUACAAGCGCAAGCACGUAAAAUUGAAAUUAAAAAGCGUAAGGUUGAGAAGAAGCGGGUAGCAGAGCGGAAGAAGGAAGGACUCCGCAAGCUCACAGCUAUUCUCAGCGGUGCAACAGACGAUCGUCGCAUCCGUUCAAUACGGGUCCUGGAAUUUCGCUAUAUUACUGAUCGGAUGGCUCCUGCACAGCAUAGUGAGCUGAGAGAGCAGGAACAGCUGGCAAAUGAGUCACUUUCCGGGAAGUUAUAG